GGUGCGGCGCCACGAAUUGCAUAAGGUCCACUUUUUUAUAUUCUUUUGACUGGCAAUGUUCUUUUGUCACUUUUAAAUCCACCUGCUUGAAAUAAAAUCUCUGAUUCCUUAUCCAGGAAUCAGUUGGCUUCAUCGAGAUCACCUUUACUUUGCCAGCCACUUGAUCCCUUAUGUCGCAUCCUAUCCCAUCGACUUUGCAGGAAGCUCAGCUCGGUUUCCGCCCGCAAUCACCUUCGGCCUCUUUUACCCCGCCCACACGUAUACCCCCUCAUCAGCUUAGUCCGCAACAAAUGUUCCACCAUACUAUGGCCCUACCUAACAAAAGCGCAUCUCCACAGCACCCACAACGACAGCAACCACCGCCACAGCAACAGCAGCAGCAACUGCAACAUACCCAUCCGGUGACCUUUGCAUCCAUGCCGGGGAAUCAGCAAGCGUUAACAGCUGAAGCCAGCCAUAACUCGUUGUACUGUGACGGAUGCCAAAUAUUUCGGCCCGUUUACUACUUUCAACGAGAAAGAAAUCUUAACUAUAACAUAUGCGCCCUGUGCCGACAGCGGGAAGUGCAGCAUAAACGAAAACAACAAAUGGAAGCUUAUGAAGAACAACAUGAACGGCUCAAAGCUUCUCGAUUCCAACAGUACCAGCCGCCUCAACCUAUGGCAGCUUCUCACUUACCGCCCACUGCGUAUUCUCAUCACGUUUCCCAUAUGCUGCAAAUGCCAGGUUGUUUUCAGGUGCAACAACCAGCCCAAAUGCUGAGAGCCUCGCCACAGCUACCGACGUCAAGUCCACAACCACCAUUGGCUCUACCGUCCGACAGUAUGGUACCUAUGAAGUCGUCAGAUACCAUGACAAAAAUCAAACCUUCUUUCCAGCCAUCGGACUCCCCUUCUUCAUUUGUUUCACAUCAAUCUCCCGAACAGAAAACCGCAUCUUAUGCACAAACAUCGCUCCCUUCUCAUCUCAUUGUCUCCUCUGAGCAGUCAUCCUCUUCGUACUAUUCCUUAUCUACUGCCGGGUCCAUGCCAAAUCAGCUGCCUGUACAAACAACGAUGGAUCCUCACGAAUCCAUGGUACCCCAGCUUCCUGUUCUGCCUUUACCAGCACUGCCGCCAUCCUCUCCUUCGCAACCCCAGCGUCAAAACCCCCCUUCUGCUAAAGAUCGGAGGGAAGAACUUCCAAAAGGGCGUAAAACCGCAAAGAAGAAACAACAGCCACAGCAGUCAUUUGAGCAGGGUUCAUUGCAGGAACCAUCGACAGCCGCCCAGGGUACUCAUGCAUCUGUUCUAAAAGAUUCGAUAUAUUCAACCACCGCGGCAACAGGGACGACUCUCCCGCCAGUCAAACAAAAAGUGAAAGAUUUGAACGCCAUCUCGAUCAAUGAUUUUAUAGCCGCGCUAAAGCAUGAGACCGUCUUCCUUCGUAAACAAUAUCUGGUGGAUAUUACCCCUUUACUGGAAAAUUUGACGGAAUCAGCAGGGUUUACUCAACUUGGACGGGCCAUUUGUGAACGAGUUCUUGAAGGGACUACAUUUAAUUUCAGUCUCAAAGACCAGAGGCGAUCCACGAAGCAUCCCAAUACAUUGUCGACUUUACGUUACUAUUGCUCUCAGCGCGCAGAUAUUGCGAAAGCCCGGAAAAUGGAGAGCGGCAAAAUGUCUAACCGUUAUACUUGCUCCGGAGCGUUAACAAUGAUCGUGGACCUUGUUAAGCGGACAGCGCAAAUUACGCUUAUCCAUAAACAACCGCAUCCUCCAUUUGGCGGUCAUCAACCUACGCAAAACAACAAGGGGAAUCAACGACGAAAUCAAGCGAAACAGGGCAAAAAGAAGCAAAUGAAACAGGUGGAAGAACAGUUCAAACUGCUGAAGCAAAAAGUGACGGAUUUCGGACAGUUGCUGGAUGCGCAAAGACCGCUCUUAAACCAGGAUUUUAUAGAUACAGCAAUAGAAGCGUUUGCCGAAGUUAACCAAAUGCUCGUUGCUUGUCAAGCGGCCGAACAAAACCCCAUGCAAGCCGAAAAUCGAUACACAUCCCAAUAUAAUAAAAAGAGUCGCCACAUCGAAAGUUGAAGAAACCCGGGAGAAUGGACUAUGUCAGAUAAUGAUCUACCUUUUUUCUCUUCGAAAAUCGCUUUGGUCGGAUGUGGGUCAGUGAUUGUUCUUACUGUCUCUCUUUGUCUGUUCACAAUCAAGUUACCGCAGAAACGGCGGUAGGAAUUAGUUGGCAUUCUAGAUAACAAGAUGGAUGGUGAGAAUGUUCGAUGGGGGCCGGGAGUAGAUUACUGCAACCUAUUGCAUUUGAGUUGG